AUGGAGGGCUGGCGCGAGCUAGGGAACAACUUCUACGCGCUAAACAGGGCCAGCAUACGCAUGAUCACGGUCGAUCCGCAGUUCGACCUGGAGCGCUGCCACGACGAGGACGACGGCACCUCCGCCCGCGCGGUUAAGAGCGACUCGGUCGGCGUCGCCGGCAGAAGAAGAUCGGACUUGGAAGCGGCAGACAAGGGCCACGAUCCGUUCGAUGAUGCUUUUUCCGUGGAGCCGGAGCGAGGAGGCGACCACGAGUACAUGAGCGAGAAGCGGAACCCGUUCGCCGACGAGAAUGCCGAGGGGCUCGAGGGGCGGCGCAGCGUGAAUCCGCCGCCCGAGGCCGAGGAGCCGUACCACAUCUUUUCCACAAGGCAAAAGUGGCUCGUCGUCGUCAUCAUUGGCGUCACAGGCAUGUUCUCGGGCUUGUCGUCCAACAUUUACUUCCCAGCCCUCGACUCCGUCGCAAAAGCAACAACACAGGAUCUUAAUGUUAGCCUUAACGACGUUUCCCUCACCAUCACCUCUUACCUAAUCAUCCAGGGCAUUUCGCCGGUCAUUUGGGGCUCGCUGUCGGACGCGCUGGGCCGGCGGCCCAUCUACAUCGCCUCCGCCCUGGUUUACAUCGUGGCCAACAUUGGGCUCAGCUUCUCUCCCAACUUUGCGGUGCUGCUAAUCUUCCGGGGGCUGCAGGCAGCCGGGAGCGCUUCAACGGUCAGCCUCGGAAACGGCGUUAUCCAGGAUAUUUCUCCACCAGCCGAAAGGGGCAGCUUUAUCAGUUUCUACCAAGCCAUUCGAAAUUUUAGCAUCGCUAUCGGUCCGGUUCUCGGUGGCCUCCUCGCGAAUUUCCUGGGCUUUAGGUCCAUAUUCGUGUUCCUGCUCACAUUGUCAUCCAUUGUGCUGCUUAUGCUUAUCGUAUUCCUGCCUGAAACGAUGAGGAGGAUCGCGGGCAACGGCACCAUGCGCCUCAAAGGCAUUUACAAGCCCUUAAUUUACAAGCUCAAGGGCGAGCCCAAUUACAUGCGAGAGCCGGGCGAGGGGCUCGGUCGAAAAAAAGUAACCCUUUCAACGUUCUUGGAGCCGCUAAAGCUCCUGCUCGACAAGGCAGUCCUUUGCAACCUGAUAUUCGGCGGCGUUGUGUACGCGAUAUGGAGCAUGGUUACUUCCAGCACCACCGGUUUGUUCAAGGAGCGCUUUGGGCUAAGCGAGCUUUUCCUCGGGCUCGCCUUUAUACCAAAUGGGCUUGGCACCAUUGUCGGAUCCGCCAUCGCGGGCAAGCUCAUGAUGCGCGAUUACCGCGCGGCCGAGGCUGCCUACCUAGCUUCGAACGGCCUCCCCUCCAACUCCCGCUUACCCACUAAGGAGCUCCCCGCCGACUUCCCCAUCGAGCGCGCGCGCACGCGGAACUUACCUUGGAUCGCGGGCUUGUUCGCGGCCGCGACGGCGGUUUACGGCUUUUCGCUGCAGUUCCCGCGCCUCGUAUCGCUCCCCGGCUGGAUCGCACUCCCGCUGAUACUGCAGUUCGUAAUCGCGGGCGCGAGCAACGCCGUCUUCGCGCUUAACCAAACGCUGGUUACGGACUUGUGCCCCGGGCGGGGCGCGAGCAGCACCGCGGUUAACAACCUGGUUCGGUGCGGGCUGGGCGCCGUGGGUGUCGCGUUUGUCGACCCCAUGAUCGCGGCCGUAGGGCCGGGCGCCGCGUUCUUGGGCCUGGCGCUCGUGGUGGUUACUUGCAUACCGCUCGUGGCCGUGAAUUGGUUUUGGGGCAUGGAGUGGAGGGUGAAGAAGGUGGAAAGGGAAAAGGGUCGGCUAUAA